AUGGCCGACGCUCACUUGUCUGCCUCGGUGGGAAACAACAACAGCAGCACCUGGAACAUCACGGGCAGCGGCCCGUGGCUGUUGGCCUUCAUGCUGACCGCCAUCAUCCUCAUGACCAUCUGUGGCAACAUGCUGCUCAUCGCCUUGGUGUUCGCCCACCGCUCCCUGCGCUGCACCUCGAACUGCUUCCUGGUGUCUCUGUUCUUCUCCGACCUCAUGGUGGCCCUGGUGGUCAUGCCGCCGGCCAUGCUCAACGUGCUGUGCGGGGCCUGGGUGCUGUGGCCGGCCUUCUGCCCCGUCUGGCUCUGCUUCGACGUGAUGUGCUGCAGCGCGUCCAUCCUCAACCUGUGCGUGAUCAGCCUGGACCGCUACCUGUUCAUCAUCUCGCCGCUGCGCUACAAGCAGAGGAUGACCCCGCCUCGGGCGCUGCUCCUCGUCGGGGCGGCCUGGGGGCUGGCGGCGCUGGCCUCGUUCCUGCCCAUCGAGAUGAAGUGGCACAGCCUCGGCCACGCGUCCGUUCCCGGCGUCGGCAACAUCAGCUCGUUCUCGGACAGGCUCUACCCGGAAUCCUACUUCCAGCUGUCUCCGGCGGGCGGCCUGUCCUUCCAGUGCCGGCUGCGGGUCACCCUGCCCUUCGCCCUGGUGGCGUCGGUGCUCACCUUCUUCUUGCCCUCCAGUGCCAUUUGCUUCACCUACUGCCGGAUCCUUUUGGCGGCACGGAGGCAGGCGAAGAGGGUGGCGGCGCUGAGCCACCCGCCUCACCCACACCCGUCCCUCGGAGAGCCCUCCAGACCCCCUUCACCGGGGCCGGCUCAGGCAGAAGGAGACGACUGCAGCCACCAGGAGCCCCCGGUCUCACAUAAUGUACCGCCGUCGGUGAACAGCGAGCGUCGCCUGGCUCACCGGCAGGGCAGGAGGGCCCUGAAGGCCAGUCUGACACUGGGAGUCCUCCUGGGACUCUUCUUCAGCGCUUGGCUCCCCUUUUUCAUCACUAACAUGGCUCAGGCGGUGUGCGAGUGUGUCCCGCUGGCGCUCUUCGACGCCAUCACCUGGCUGGGCUACUGCAACAGCACCAUGAACCCCAUCAUCUACCCGCUCUUCAUGAGGGACUUCAAGCGGGCUCUGGGGAAGCUGCUGCCGUGCUGCUCCACCCGCUCGCCCCGGAGACCCUCGCCGGCGCUCUCCCUCUCCCUGCGCAACUCGGGGGAGCCCAACAUCGCCAGCAGCCCCCCCUCGCCUCUGGCCUCCGACCCCACCCACCCGCCGGCCACCGCCACCGACGCGGUCAACCUGCUGGACGCAGAGCAUGCUGGGAUAGAGUUGCCUCUGCUUUUGCCCAAUCAGGUUGACACCCUGGACUGA